UUGGGGCCGUCCCUGUUGCGUGCGCGCAGCGCGGAGGGAGGAGAGCUGCUCGCGGCUGGGUGGCAGCGCGGGGGAUCCAGGCACGUGCGUCCGCUUUGCACGUGCGCUUGCCUGGCGGCGCCCGGGGAUGUCCCGGAGCCAGACAGCGCGGCCGCACACCCCGCUCAAGCGCACAGGGGAUGCUCCAGGGACGCAGAGCCCCUGCGGCUGCUCCCAACCGCCGAGGGUCUUGCAGACGCCUUUCUGUGGGACGUGGGCUGUGCACUGAGGGGAGGAGGUGUACUUUUAGUCCCACGUGUUGCAGAAGCCCAGCUGAAGCCCCAGCAAAAGGAUCUCAGAGUGAAGAACGUAAAGAAAUUCAGAUAUAUGAAGUUGAUUUCCAUGGAAACAUCGUCAUCCUCUGAUGACAGUUGUGACAGCUUUGCUUCUGAUAAUUUUGCAAACACAAAAUCUAAAUUCAGGUCAGAUAUCAGUGAAGAACUGGCAAAUGUUUUUUAUGAGGACUCUGAUAAUGAAUCUUUCUGCGGCUUUUCCGAAAGUGAGGUACAAGAUGUGUUAGACCAUUGUGGAUUUUUACAGAAACCAAGGCCAGAUGUCACUAGCGAACUGGCCAGUAUUUUUCAUGCCGACUCUGACGAUGAAUCAUUUUGCGGUUUCUCAGAGAGUGAGAUACAAGAUGGAAUGAGACUGCAGGCAGCCCGAGAGGGCUGCAGGACCCGCAGCCAGGGUAGACUCUCUGGCCCUCUCAGGGUGGCCAUGAAGUUUCCAGUGCGAGUGCAUAGCACCAGGGCGACAACCAACAAAAAGCCAGCACCCCCCAAACCUCCAGAGAAUUCUGACAUCAUUUCCAUCUCCGAUUCAGAAGACGAAAGUGGCGUGAACUUUCUGGAAAAAAGGGCCUUAAAUAUAAAGCAAAACAAAGCCAUGCUUGCAAAACUCAUGUCAGAAUUAGAAAGUUUUCCUGGCUCAUUCUCUGGAAGACCAUCUGUCCCGGGCCCCAGAUCACUGUCGAAGACUCCCAGGAGGCGCACAUUCCCACGAAUGGCUGCCAGGAGGAACCCAGAGCGCAGAGCUCGGCCGCUUACCAGGUCCAGGUCUCGGAUCCUGGGGUCUCUGAGUGCUCUCCCCACUGAGGAGGAGGAAGAAGAGGAAGACGAUAAGUACAUGCUCGUGAGGAAAAGGAAGGCCUUGGAUGCAUUGGACGAUGACAUGCCCAGAAGUCGCCGCCCGGGAUCCAUGACCCUUCCACAUAUAAUUCGUCCAGUAGAAGAAAUCACAGAGGACGAGUUGGAGAACAUCUGCAGCAACUCCCGAGAGAAGAUCUAUAACCGCUCGCUGGGUUCUACUUGCCAUCAGUGCCGUCAGAAAACUAUUGAUACCAAAACAAACUGCAGGAACCCAGACUGCUGGGGCAUUCGUGGCCAGUUCUGUGGCCCUUGCCUUCGGAAUCGCUAUGGGGAGGAGGUCAGGGAUGCACUGCUGGACCCGGACUGGCACUGCCCACCUUGUCGGGGGAUCUGUAACUGCAGUUUCUGUCGCCAGCGAGAUGGACGGUGUGCAACUGGGGUCCUUGUGUAUUUAGCCAAAUACCAUGGCUUUGGGAAUGUGCAUGCUUACUUGAAGAGUCUGAAACAGGAGUUUGAAAUGCAAGUACAUAAUACCUAGAAGACUGGCUGCCUGCUUUCCACAGCCCACAUUUUCCUAGUUGAAAUUUCCAGUUCUUUCAUUGAUUGAAACCUGAGUUAAGAAUCAUUGUGAUGGUCAGUUUAAUAGAACACUCAGAUCAGGUUAAUCCCAGUAGAUUUGCAGGUGCUUCUAGAACAUCAUGGAAGGUGGUUUGCUAGUGACGCCUUGCCCUCUUUGCCACUUCUCUGUGUCCUCUGCCCCCACCUCAUAGUGUCUCCUCUAUUUCCAUCUGCCACUUAAGUACCCAGAUUUUUUUUUUUUUUUAAUUUGUGUGUGUGUUUUAUGUGUGUGUGGUGCUCGGGGUGGAAUCCAGGCCCUUGCACAUGCUAGGUAAGUGCUGUGUCACUGAGCCACAUCCCCAGCCCUCAAAUUCUUUUUCAAAGAUGAUUACUAGUGUAUAUUUGAUUUAAUGCAUGUUGAUGUAGCUUUGGAACCUUCCCAUAAACCCAAGCACUUAGAAGCAUAGAAGUGUUAACUCAAUGUUCUGGUGGAUGUCAGAGAUGAGCUUUCUAGCUUGUUUAUACAGAAACAAUGGGUAUAACUGAGUUCACCCUGGUUGACUUCUUAACAGAAUCAAGGCACCCAGGUCUUAAGACUAUGUGAAAAAGUUAGGUAAUUGUUGCAAAGUGGAGUGUGUUUCUUAAGAUGCCUCUCGGAAGAGCACAGAAUGCCCCACAGUUGUGGUUUGGUUGCCGAGGUCUAGGUGACUUACACAGUCAGUCUUCCAGAGGUUGUGGGCAGUAUUAUGCUGUGCUACUUAAAAUUACUGUGGAAAAGACAUUCUGGGGGAAUUUGGAUGGUGAAAAAUUCAGUAACUGGCUGAUAGGAAUCCUUAGCAUGAGAGGUUAGAAUCUUGGUAUUAAUGACUAGUCUGGUUUUUAUGGUGCCUUAAAAUUAUCCCUGCCAGUUCCUGUGUAAAGGGUUGAGAUUUUAAGCACUUUUGUAACAGUAAGUGCCUUUUUGGAGAUGGUACCUUUCAACAGUUUGUUAACACAGUGUCUUCCAGUUUUGCCUCUGGGCCUAUUUCGCAUCAUCAAUCCCCUGCCCUUCGUAUUAAGUUGGUCCACGCGUCCAGUUCCCCGCCUGUGUAGCUGUUGCUCUGCUGUUGAGCGACAGCUAAUUAGACCUUCGGACAAUGAGUGUAAAUACUGCUUUUGAUCUGUAAUACUUUUACACAAAGGUUUUUAUUUUAAUAAUGUUUUUGUUUUAACUUGUCUGCUUUUUAAAAUACUGAAUCUUACAAUCUAUAUUUUUCCUUGUAUUUCAAUAAAAGGCUGUUUCUACCUUU